UUUUUUGUCGUUGAGUAACCAUGACGACGUAAUAUUGUUUAUCGUCGUUAUUACCAGGCAGCGUUCACAAAAACAUGGAUUUUUUCCUGUUUUCCUCCAGAAAAAUGAUUAGAGGGAAUAAAAAUGUUCGAUCUUACCACGGCACAUAACAUUUGAGUGAAUCUUCGAGUUUUUUAACAACGACAAUCUGCGAGGAUGGGCGGUGUAGUAGAUAAGAUCAAAGCGACAGGCGGGGUGAAGGCCGCAGGUUCGGUUCUCGACAGAGUCAUAUCCCAGCCGCACACGGAAGAACACACUGUCUUGUACAAACUGGCUGAUUAUAAAAAGGGAGGACUCCUCCUGGAGACGUAUGCUAAAGGUGGUAUGAUGGCAGCGGAGAAGUUGAUAAGAGAGGAGUUCGCAGCCUACAUGUACUCGGGGGGGAGGGGCAGGGUCAUCAACCGCGCUGAGUACUUGAGGUGGAAGUUCAGAGACCAUGAACAGGUAGUGCUGCCGAUAGAAGCGUCCCUCUCCCCGCACGACCCCCUCGCCAAAUGGGAGGACCACAUGGCCUGCUGGCAGAUGUCCUACCGAGGAGCUCUGGGAGAGUCCCUGCUGCAUGUGCUCAUCAUCUGCGAUACGAAGAUCCACACUAGAUUGGCGAGGACAUUGGUGAAAUGUUUUCCAAAAUUAUCGUCAGAUGUCGUCGAAGGAGAAGAAUAUUUAGGUGCCAGCUCUCUUCACCUGGCCAUCGCGUACAGCAAUAACGAACUGGUUCAGGACCUGGUGGAAGCAGGUGCAGAUGUCGGCCAGAGAGCUAUUGGUAGUUUCUUCCUACCCCGGGACCAGCAGUGCGUGCCCCCGGCCAGACAAACCAACUACGAAGGCCUGGCGUACCUCGGAGAGUACCCUCUCGCGUGGGCCGCGUGUUGCGCUAACGAGGCCGUGUAUAACCUACUGCUGGACUCGGGAGCUGAUCCUGACGCCCAGGAUUCCUUCGGAAACAUGAUCCUGCAUAUGGUUGUGGUUUGCGAUAAAUUGGACAUGUUUGGCUACGCCCUACGGCACCCGAAGGUCCCAGCCAGCAACGGGCGCAUGAACAUGGCAGGCUUCACGCCGCUGACGUUGGCCUGCCAGCUUGGCCGCGCCUCCGUCUUCAGGGAGAUGCUCGAGCUCUCCGCCAGGGAGUUCUGGAGAUACUCCAACAUCACAUGCUCUGCUUACCCUCUCAAUGCCUUGGAUACGCUGUUGCCUGAUGGGAGGACAAAUUGGAACUCCGCUUUAUUCAUCAUUCUGAACGGUACGAAGCAGGAGCAUUUGAACAUGUUGGACGGCGGCAUUAUUCAGAGACUACUCGAGGAGAAGUGGAAAACCUUUGCAAGGAAUAAGUUCCUCAAACGCCUGAUGAUCUUAAUGUUACACUUACUGCUGCUAUCCGUGGCGGUGUACCUUCGCCACAGCAGCGCGGAGGCCGAAGCCAAUCCGGACUGGGGGCUCGAGGUGAGGGACGUGAGGGGCGGCGUCCGGCUCGCCAGCGAGCUGGGGACGAUAGUCAGCACGUUGUGCUAUAUUAUCCUGCAGCAAGGAGACGAAAUCAAAAAUCAGGGUCUCGUCGCGUAUUUGAAACAAUUGAUUCAUGAGCCCGCUAAAUUGAUCUUCCUGUCGUCAAACAUACUACUGUUGGCGUGCAUCCCAGCGCGGCUGUCCAAGCAAAGCAUGGUGGAGGAGGCGAUACUCAUCUUUGUUCUGCCUGGCUCUUGGUUCUUACUGAUGUUCUUUGCUGGUGCAGUGAAACUGACCGGCCCAUUCGUGACAAUGAUCUACAGCAUGAUCACCGGUGACAUGUUCACCUUCGGCAUCAUCUACUGCAUCAUUCUGUUCGGCUUCUCUCAGUCCUUCUACUUCUUGUACAGAGGAUUCCCCAACGUUCAAACCACUUUGUUUUCCAGCUAUCCGAGUACUUGGAUGGCAUUAUUUCAAAUUACACUUGGAGAUUACAGCUACACAGACCUUGGUUUGACCACGUACCCGAACCUAGCAAAGACAGUAUUCACGAUAUUUAUGGUGUUUGUGCCGAUCCUACUACUGAACAUGUUGAUCGCCAUGAUGGGCAAUACGUAUGCGCAUGUCAUUGAGCAAUCAGAGAAGGAAUGGGUCAAGCAGUGGGCGAAGAUUGUAGUGUCUCUCGAGCGGUCAGUAGCUCAGGAAGACGCUCAUCGUUACCUGCAAGAGUACUCCAUAGGGCUGGGGCCCUCUGACGACCCGCGCUACGAGCAACGCGCCGUCAUGGUGAUCAAAUGCAAACCCAAGACCAGGGCUAACCAGAGGAAGGGGGCUUUGACUAAUUGGAAGCGUGUCGGCAGAGUGACGAUAGCCGAACUGCGCAGGAAGGGGAUCAGCGGUGAGGAGUUGAGACGCCUCAUGUGGGGACGGGUCUCCAUAUCUACGCCGACUAAAGUGCCGCCUCCAAGACGAGGUGCAGGGCCACCACCAGACUGUGUGGUGUCAGCAGACGCGGUGCUGACGUCAGAAGUGGGAGACGGUGUCGCUCCGGCGCUGUCAUCUGCCCUCAAUGUCAUGGCCUUCACAGAACUCGAACUUGGGACUGCUGAAGCUCAAAAGCAACCCACUCCAGAUCUGCUGGUCAACGGAAAAUCGGCCCCAAAGGUGCCAGCUUCAGCAAUCCCCACUCAACAACUUCCCGUCUCUCCCCACCAACUCAACGUCCCUGCCCAAAAUGUCCAGCCUCCUACGAUAGCUCCAAGUAAAACCAGUUUAGAAACAAAACCAAUGGAUAGUAUCAGUAUAACUCCUGCGACUCCUGUUGGUCAACUCCCAGUUGUUCCUAAAGUCCAGAGUACUUCAGUUCCACCACCUGGACAAGCUCAAGUGGUGCAGACACCGAUACCUCAAGAGAAGCCAAAAGAAAUGCUUUUUGAAGUUCCAGAGGAGAUAUUUCGGGAUUACUUGUACGAGCUGGUGACUCUGGUGGAAAAGCAGGGUGCCAACGAUCCCCACGUCAGGGAGCUCGCGGUGAAGGCGGCUGAUUUGACCGGCAUACCAGAGAUUGACAUCAAUGUCAGCAUGGCAGCAAAAUCAGCCCGCAAGAUGGCGGCGGGCGCAGUGUCAGGGUUGUUCGGGGUGGUCGCCGACGCGCCUGCGCCUGACUCCGGCUGGCGGCGCGAGCGGCAGGAGCACAGCGACAGCGACCCCAUUUCUGAAUCGGUGUUGCUGGGUCGUGCGUCCCGCGCUCGGCGCGCUCGCUCGGCGUCGCGCCGCGCCGCGCCUCCGCCCCCGCACCUCUACGUACCUGCUAGAUCUAUGUACCUUGUGGCUUCGGAGAGUAGCGCGGUGGAAAGUGAUGCACAAUGGGAGGAGCCGCCUAGCUCUGGAAACAGCUCGGCAAUAGGAAGUCGCAGGGACGAAGCUGCUAGGAUACGAGCAGCAAGACCUCUUUGCAUUCAGAACGCCACUGACCAGCCAAAUGUUGAACACUCGCUUUACAUUGUGGGAACCGGAAGCGGCGUUGAAGUAGAGGGCGCUGCGCCACCGCCGACAAAAGAAAAGAAGAGACCCCGGCCUAAAACAGCCAGGCCCCGGAGAAACAGAGUGUCUCCUGUACCGGAGUUGCCGAGCCCGCUGCAGCCGUGGGCCACGGCUCCGCUGUCUCGUCUAUCAAAAUUGAUGAGGUCUACCAGCGCUUCUUCGGAUUCCUUAGUCUCCCAGACCUCCAAUGAACAAUCUCCUAAGAGAUAUUAGAUCUUUGUAGAGAGAAUGUGUGAAUGUGUUGAUUCUAGUCAGUUUAUGCAUGUUAUAUUGUAGUUUAUUUAUUGAUAGUUUAUUUUAAGCGAAAUCUUUUACCACCAAUUGACAACUUCACUUGAAUUGGUGUCUGAAUCAAACGAUCGAUAGUGAAAUUACGCAGAAACACUCGUUAAAAAUAAACACAGAGUUUGUGAUAUAUUAAAACAGCAUUUUAGACAGCCCGAAAUCUACAAAAUUGCUUACACCACGCUGAUGUCAAACAUUUCAUUACAAUUUUGCAGCUAAUUGUCAAAGUCGUAUUCAAUUCGUAUCUAUAAAUCACAUCAUGUCGUCAGUAUUUCUGAUGAUUGACAUAAUUACCAUUCACUAAUGAUUAGUUACUAGGUAGGUACUUUGUAUUACCUCAAGUUUAAAGUAUUAACCAUAGUACAAAUGAAAGAAAUUCUACUACAAGCUACACUAUGAUGAAAUAAAACAAU